AUGAUCGAUGUGACGAUACGUGGUGCAAAACCGACUCUAUGUUGUAGUCGACGAAUUCACCGUACCUGUCGUCAACAUCAUGUGAACUCGCACGAUUGUUAUGGAAAUUGUCGAACCCCUUUUGCUGCUACCGAUCCUGUCCGUGUACCUGAUAGAGAACAACAGCGUCAACAAGCCCUUAGAGAUUUGGAAGCCUUGUUGGAACCAGGCGCUAUUGAAGACCGAAUUACUCAAGUAGGUGGAUUAGGUGUGUUUCUUCUGAUCUUUAAGUAUCAUUCGCUCAAGUGUCAGCUGGAAUGAAUGAAUAUCACCUCACUCUAAGAAUGAAAAUUUUUUAUUUUUUGAGGAUGAAGAUAUUGAUGAAAUGGUUUGGUGUCCUAUUUGGAGUUGUGGGUGGCUGGUUUCUUAGUUGAUUGAAGAACAGGUCGAUUAUUGUUGUGAACGUGUGACUCCAUUAAAUCUGCCUAUUUACUUCUGACUCUGAUCGUAAUUUUUUUAUUUUUAACUUUCAGUACAUGCAAAAUUUUCCCGAUUCCAUGCCAUAUAUGAUGCUACGUAUUUAUACUUUUGAACCUCACUUCAAUUUACCUACAAAACGGUUUUCGCUAAUAACUUUCAUGAAACAUAUAUUAUUACAAAAUGAUGUUGAAGAAAUGCAUCUAUUGUGUUAUUAUAGCAUCUUUUGUAAAUAUAGUUUAGAGGCUAUUUCAUAUUUAUUUCUUCCACUUUCCAUGUUUGAUUUUUUUCGUUUCGAAUUUUAGAUGAUUAUAAUGACUAUCUAAGACUAAGACCCACUUUUUCUAUUCAUCUUUAG